CACGAUCUUUGUUAAAUCGCAUCGUGACGUGUCUCUGUAGGCUCCGCUAGGGAAGUGAGCGAUUUUGAAAAUGUUAAACAAUUUCAGUAAAGAUUGAAUACAUCUUUAUUUUUUAAUAAAAACCAUGUCGACAUGCAGUGCAGGAGACACAUCCCUGGGUUUGCUUUUAGCCUUGUUUUUGUUCUGUCAUAUUUUACGAAUAAGUUUGUCCUGUCAGUCCUGAAAUUCACCUAUCCAACCUUAUUUCAAGGAUGGCAGACGUUCAUCGGAGCCGUUCUGCUUCUUCUCUCUGGAAAGCUGGGAUGGGUGGAAAUGAGCUUCAUCACCAGUUUCUGUUGCAGAUCCAGCGCUGUCUCCUGGCUUCCGGCCUCGCUCCUGUUUGUGGGAAACAUUUACGCCGGUUCUCGGGCUUUGUCGCGCCUGGACAUUCCCUUCUUCUUCACUCUUCAGAAUUCCUCACAUGUUGUUACCUACUUCAUCACCACCGCCCUCCACAGAGAGAAACACAAGACGCACCAACUUAAGACCAUCAGCAUGGGCCUCAUGCUCCUGUCAGCCGUCAACCUUCCUCUGUGGGACCCUCAGGUUGACCGCAGUGCGUACCUGUGGGCUGUCUGCCAUCUCCUCUGCGCUGGUGCGUACAAGGCGUUUGAAUUUCACAAGUCCAGUAACUUAAGUGACUGUGAGCAAUAUUGCAUCAACUGUUUGUUCAGUGUCCUGGUGCUGGCGCUCGCCGCUCACCCCACAGGUGACCUGACAGGUGCCUUGGAGUUCCCCUCUCUUUACUCCGGAGUCUUUCACUGCGGAUGCGGCGCCAGCGCUCUGCUUGGUUUCCUGUUGCUGCUGGUUACAGUCAAACUAAAACGAGGCCUUUCCAGUGAGCAUGUUGGGAUCUGGAUCUUUAUAUCAAAGGUUACUGCCAUGUCCCUCUCCCCACUCGUGUUCACUGUGAACAUUAACACCUCGUCUUUUGUGUGCGUGCUCAUGGGUCUGGUUGGCGAGGCCCUGCUGGUGUUUUCAGACAGAGAUUCUCAGCUGGGAUGAAACCAUUCUGACCAAAUAAAACUGUCCAAUUUUUUCAUAAAUAAAUGACCAUCAAAAUGAACU